AUGCCGAAGAGAGGGGCUGCCAAUCAGCCCGCCAAGCCCGCCAACCAGGGCGCCAAGCCCGGCCGCGACUUCCUGGUGUCACCCUCUGCACAGCGGGUGGAGGCGGACGUGCCCCGCCUCGAGGUGCCGCGCGAUGAGGACGACUGGCGCUACGCGCAGUCCUUCGACGUGGACGACGAGGGCGCCGCGGCUUUCUAUCGAACGUUUGGCUUCGUCGUCUUCCGGGGCGUGCUAGACGAGGCGGAGACCGAGGCCUCUCGCCAGGACAUCCUCUCGUACGUGCAGAGCAUCUGCCCCGACUUUCGCGCGGACGACACGGCGACGUGGACCGCCUGGAAGAGCAAGGUGUUCGGCACUCCCAACGUUGGCGACUCGUCGGCAAUCUGGCGCAAGCAGCUGGUGAGGAAUCGGCACCACCCGCGCGUCGCCGCCGGCUUCGCGACGGCGCUCGGCUGCGAGGCGCCCUCGCUGCUGUGCAACCACGACCGCUGGGCGUUCUACCGGCUGGGCGAGCGGACGCGGCGCAACGUGCAUCUCGACAUCAACCCGUGGCAGUACUACGCGCACGAGGGCGCCCGCGUGCGCGCGGCCUUCGCCGCGGCGGACUUCCGCUCGCACGAGGCGCUCUUCAAGCAGAACAACUGCAUCACGCGCGCGCUGGGCCCGCACGCGCAGGGCACGCUCGCGCUUAGCGACAACCAGGCGGAGGACGCGGGCUUCCUCUGCGUCCCCGGCUCGCACGCGGUCUUCGAUGAGUGGGUCGAGGCGCUCGGCCCCGAGCCCGCGCACGAGAGCGGCUUCCGCUACGACUACGCCGACCACUCGCACCUGCCAAAGAUUGCGCAGCGGGUGCCUGUGCGCGAGGGCUCGAUGAUCGUGUGGGACGCGCGCCUCGUGCACGGCUCGGCGCCCGACCAGUCGCCCGCCGGCGCCGAGUGCCGUGCGCGCUUCGUGCAGAUGGUCGCGCUGCGCCCGCGCUCGAUGUGGGAGGGCACGGGGCAGGCGCAGGCGCGCGCCGCGCUCGUGAGGCGCAUGUUGGCGGUGCACGGCCUUGAGGAGCCGAAGGAGCCGCUGCAGCGGGCGCUACUCGGGCUGGGCGACGAGCGAGGCGGUGGGCGCCCCCAGCAGGCCCCUAUGGCUGCUGUCAUGGACGACCAGCAGGCCGCCGCCGCGGCUGGUACUGGCGAUGGCAGCCCCAGCCGCCAGGUGCGGGCGACAACCAUUUGA